UCCAGAGGCUGGCAGUAAGUGACGGCAUCACCCGCAGUGAUUAAUCUCGACAAAGCGAGUUUCGGGGUGCAAAGCAGUAAAUAAUUAUCGAGCGUUACCAGAUCGACCCAAAGCACUCGCACCGUCUUUUUUUUUUUUGUCUGCAGAGCCAUUCAUCCACCAAGCCGCAUCUCGCUCCCUCGUCCUCCUCCUCGUCCUCCUCCUCGUCCUCCUCCUCGUCCUCCCAGUCCAAUCAUGCGUCCCGAUUUGACUUGGCAAAAGGUCCUGUCGGCCACCGCCGCCGUAGCAACCACACGCGACAGUAACAUCACCGACAUCUUUGGUCCCGUGCUCUCGGCCCGGGCCUCCAUCCACCUCCCCUCCGACGCAAACUACACGUCGUGCGUCACCCAGCGCUGGUCGAGCCACGCCGCGCCGCCCUUCAUUGGCACAAUCCGGCCGGCCACUGUUGAGGAUGUGCAGAACACAGUGAAAAUCGCCGCCGCCCACAACAUCCCCUUCCUGGCCACCGGCGGCGGCCAUGGCGUGUCCAUCCAGAUGGCCGCCCUCAGAGACGGCAUCCAGAUCGACCUCGCCAAGUUCAAUAGCGUGCACCUAGACACGAAGAAACGGCUGCUCACGGUGGGCGGCGCGGCCAAAUUCUCCGAUCUCAUCAAACCCGUCGACGAAGCUGGCGCACAGUUCCCUCUGGGAAGCGCCUACUGCGUCGGCGUCUUGGGCGCGACGCUGGGUGCCGGCGUGAGCGCGAACCAGGGCUACGCGGGGCUGCUGGCCGACCUUCUCGACGAGGUGCAGCUCGUCACGGCAGCGGGACGCCUUGUCACGGCGUCUCGCACGCAGUACGCCGACCUGUUCUGGGCGCUGCGGGGCGCAGGCGCAAACUUUGGCAUCGUCACGUCGGCGACCUUCAGGCUGCCCGAGACGGUCAACAAGGGGAACGUCACCAACGCCAACUUCUUGUUUCCGGCAGCGGACAAGGCCGCACAGGUCUACGGCUACCUCGCGUCACUGGACGACAACAUGUCGGCGCUCUUGGCGCUCAACAUUGGCACGUUCCUAGAUCCGGGGAGCAAGCAGCUCAUGCUACUAGUGAACGCCAACUUCGCCGGACCACCAGACGAGGCGGCCCCUUACCUGGCCGCGCUCUCCGACCUCCAACCGCUGCGCUCCGAGGUGCUCAACGUGCGGUGGCCGGACGUGUUCGCGACGUCGUACUUUGGCAUCCCCGACACCAAAGCCUGCGGGCGCAACCAGCACGUCAACAUGCGCAGCGUGGGCGCGCGGCGCACCGACGCGGCCGCGCUCGUCGCCUUCCUCGGCGCGCUAGACCGCUUCUCGCGCGCCCACCCCGGCGUCUUCACCGCCAUGAUGAUCCACCGCUUCCCCAACCAAAAGGUGCGCGAGGUGCCCGACGGCGACAGCGUGUAUCCGUACCGCGACCUGAAGAUGCACAUUCAGCUCGAGAGCGAGUACGAAGACCUCAGCGAGACACAGGCUGUCGAGGAGUUCCUGCGGGCCGCGCGCCGCAACCUGGCCGCCGCGAGCGGGUACGCGUCGCCGGCCGUGUAUGUCAACUUUGCCCACGGCGACGAGGGCCCGGCAGCUUGGUACGGGGAGCGCAACCUGCAGCGCCUGCGCCAGCUGAAGCGGAAAUGGGAUCCCCGCGGGCUGUUUGGCUUCUACAACGCGGUGCCAACGGCGGGGGGCACGUCGGACGGCGACCUGUGAUGCCUGGCAAGUCGGGAAAGGGAGAUGAACGGCUCUUUUUCUUCCUCUUCUUUUUGCCUCCGGCGGCCCUCCGGGGGCGCCUGCGGCGGGCUGCUCGCUGCGCUCGAAAUUCGUGCUUUUCUUACUUUAGAGGCGAACGUUGUUCUCUUUGGUUAGCAAACGUAAGGAACAAUCUAGUGCGAUAAAUACCGUUGUAAGACGAGAAACAAAGAGGAGACAGAGAAGAGUAUCGCUGCGACUGCAUGCAAAAGUCUGAAACAAGCUCAAAGUUCAAGUCCAAGACAAGUUCAAAUCCAAGACAAAGUUC